ACUCCAAAACCCUACACCGCCACCUCCCCGACCAACUGCUUCCGUUACUGUGGAUACAUGCAUCGAGUCAUUCGUGCCUGCAACCUGUUUGCUUUGUUGCUGCUUCUCGUUGACCGUUGCUGGUUUCAUGUGCGGGCCAGGCUUACGCCAUAGAUCAUUCUUUAACGAGGAACACUCGGUGGUGCGGACUUUGCCCGGUGACGGGGUGUCGCAGUCGCUGCCCAGUGCAGAUGAGGUGGGGGGAGCUCCACUAUGGAUGGAUCGUCGCGAAGCACACCUGCUGCGCUCACGUCACCGUGCAUUAAAGGGAGUCGAUUUUCUUGUUUCUUUUGUAGUUUAUAUUGAUUUGAUUUGAUGUUUACCGAGCUCGCCCCGUCUUGUUGCUUGCGAAACCACAUUCACCUUCACCGGAGUAUCGUAUCCCGGGCUAAUUACAAAGUACAUUACCGAUGAUCCUCUGCAUGGAUUUGAUCUUGGCUGAUGGGACGCCGAGCGGCGGCGAGGAGUUCGUGGGAUCGCGAUGCUCGUGUGUGAAUGGGCGUGUGGGUGGAGCGUUGUUCUGGUCCCUCUCGGUAAUGCCGCUACCACCAGAGGAAGAGCACCAAUGCAAUCACAGUAUGUAAUUUUCACAGACGUGGUGGGAGGUAAGAACGCUGGAUCGUCGGUGUUUUGCGGUCAUCAGCUGGUACUGCUUUCGGGUUGACGGAUACUGUGUCGGUACACGUGGAUGUGCGACGUCAAGGAGCGGAUCACAUCAAUCCAUCCAUCACAGCUUCCGCCAACCCACCGACUUCCCCUUCUGUUCGGCCAUUAAUUCCAUCGAGAACCCCGCGUUUAAUCAUCGCAUUUAGUUUCCCAGUGGUCAUCUCUCCCUUCGACGGGUAACUGAGGUGGGAAACUCUCUUCUCCUCUUAGUGUCUUUGCCCUCUGGUAUUGACAUGUCUCGUCCGGAUGGAGAGUAUAGUUUUUUCAGCCUGGAGCUUUUCGGUCUCUCCUCUAUGCUUCUCUGCCUUUCUCCAUAACGCUUCCAUCCUUUUCGGCGGGUUUGAACUCGGUUGGCGGCUGUUGCUGUCACUAGAAAGACAAGAUGCCAAGCAGGGUUUGUGGGUUUCAGCCGGCUAUCGACGGCAAGCACCGAGUUUCUUCUGCGGCAUGUAUGAGCGAUAUUACUUUUUAGGGAGAGGGCUUCAGGAAAUAUUUUGGAGGAGGUCAGGUAGAUUCAAUCACAUGGCCUAUCCUGGUCUUCUUGCUACGAGGUGGUUCACUGAAGAUUUUAGAGGGAACGAGGGGUUGCUGACAUCCCUUGGGGCUUCACUGAAGCAUCCUUCGAGAGAAUCCGAACUUGUCACCGACAUGAUUAGUAACACUAGGAUGAUUGCUCUGCAAUCCAUUUGAGUUUCUCAGUGGAUCGCUGGAUGCCUCGCUCUUUUUCUUUUUCUUUUUUGUUAACCAUAGCUUGCCUAUUGCAAUUCAACUUGCUUUACUGUUCUAAGCAUUUACAUACUACAAUCAUCUAACCAUAUUGAUGUUCCUCUCUCAAGACCCCACGAUGUUCUUGAAGAAAAUAACAUAUUAUUCAUAAGCUUGUCCAAAAUGCCUGAAAGCCUCUGCUUUCUUUUUGUAUGCUAGAGAUGAAUGUAUUGCCCUUUUCGACUUUUAGCAAUUCUGGUGAGCCAUGUUGGACAGAGAUACAGUGUCGUUGGUAGAUUGUUCCCCCUUGUGUUUGGAAGGAUUGGUCUGUUUGAGACUCUAUCUGUUGCCAUCUUUUCACAAUAUAUUACCCUUGCAUGAUUAUUUCCCUGCAGGAAGCAUGGUUGGAUGGAAGAACCUAUCAUGGUAGAAUCUUCUAUGAAUAUGCAACUGAUAGAAAUCUCAGAGUUAUGACGUUUCAUCUAGGAACCAGAAGCAAUGAGGAUACUAGCUAGAAUUGUAUAUCUAAAGCAGUAACUGUGGUUUGUUCGUCCGAUAUGUCUUGCAAAAUAAGAUGAUUAUACUUGUAGUUCAUCUGCAAGAACUUUACCCUUGUUUCUAAAGCAAAAUGUAUCACUAAAAGAGUUCAUAUGAAUCUUUCCUUCAUAUUGUGUCCUUGAUAAAUUAAUAGAUGGGUCUCAGGUACUUGAUGUUAAUCUUGUUUGGUCACCAAUAUCUGAUUUCUUAAGUUGAUAUAACUAGAGAGGUAAAAUCUCAAUCAUCUAUUCGUCGACCUUGGUAGACAAACAUUAACUUCCUUUCAAUUACUUUCAUCUUCUUUGUUUGUGAAGUUUUCCAGAUAAUUUGUGUUUCCAAAUAUCUGGUGAAAAUGCAUUAAUCACAAUGAUAUUUUUUUCGUACAUCUCUAACAUCAUAAGAAUUUGCACAUACAAAAAGGAGGAGGUAUAUGAUUUUGAUAGUUUGUGAAGAUAUUGUUCUACUCAAAGAUACUUGUUAUCAGUUAGGCCCCCUCCAAGAGAGUAUAUCUAUUAUGUGAAAAUUUGUUAGGAUAUAAAUCCUUAGACUGGCCAUCUUAUCUUAUACCUUUGCUAGGUGGAUGCGAUACUUUGAUAGUUGAUGAUGUCAUUGCAUUGCUCUUGUCCUCUUUCUGAAACAUAGCCUAUAUGUUGCUAAAAUGACAGUGAUGUCCUUGUCUCAUUUGUGCUUAAUGUUACCUUGUUCCAGGUCAUCUUGUUUUUGGUUGCUCAAGUGCUUCUUUAGGGAUGUGUUUGACAUUUUACAUGAUGCUUGGAGCUACUAGUUCGUGAUUAUUAUGAUGAAAAAAUGAAGCCUCAGAGCCGUGUGCUUAUCAGAGUGUAGACAAGUAAAAUGUCUGAUACCCUCAAUGAAAAGGUUGGAAGCGACACUCAUGAAAUCGUACCUGUUCGAGAGGAAAAACGGCCAAAGCUUUCCAUUGAUGUACCCACAAGAAAUAUGGGGCUUUCCUCCAUGAAUUAUCUAAAAGCAAAUGUGCCUUUAACGCCGGGUUCCGAUUCCAAUAGGAUAAAUAUUCUCCCCAUAUGUAGCCCUGCAUCUGCAAAAAUGCAUCCAUCUCCAUGCUCGACAUCAUCUAAGGGUAAAACUUUCAUAAAGAAACUUCUUUCAGGACUAAGCUUCAAGUUCCAGCCUUCAGCUUCAGAAGUAGAGAGAUACGAGACUCAAGCUCCAGAGGCAUAUUCUGCGGAAAAAGGGGAAAAACCUUCCCUGUUGGGCUCGUUUUCCUUUUCAAAAUUAUUCAGCCCGAGAAUUAGGAGGACUUCAUCGUUGCCAAUCAACUCAGAUUUACAUGGCAAGAGUCCACAUGGCAGUACAAUGGUUCAUAACAGCUCCUUGGAAAGAAAAGAGGUCCAGCAUCAUAUAUCUCGGUCGCUUUCACUCCCCACAGAUAUCAAACAUAUCAAAUCUAAAAGUAUCAAGAGGAUGAACUCCCUAGGCGGUGUAUUCCGAGUAAUUCCUUCUACUCCACGUGUGGUGGACUUGAGUAGCCCAGUGGCAGAUUCCAUCACUCCCAUAGACUCUGCUAUUGAUGGUGAUGGUGAGGACAUACCUGAGGAAGAGGCUGUCUGUCGAAUCUGUAUGACAGAGUUGUCAGAAGGCAGUAAUACUCUCAAGCUAGAAUGCAGCUGCAAAGGUGAACUUGCAUUAGUCCAUCAAGAAUGUGCUGUCAAGUGGUUUAGCAUUAGAGGGAAUAGAAAUUGUGAAGUUUGUGGGCAGGAAGUUGAGAAUCUAUCUGUAAGACUGCUACGAGUGCAAAGUGUUCAGACGGCUACAACACUCCCAGGCAUGUCCAGACAAAGAACAGUGUAUUUUUACAGGUUCUCGCACGAGAUGCCUGUUCUCAUCAUCAUCAGCAUGCUUGCGUAUUUUUGCUUCCUCGAGCAGCUAUUGGUUGCAGAUGUCGGUACUGCUGCACUAGCUAUUUCGGUGCCCUUCUCAUGCAUCUUGGGAGUAUUGGCAUCCCUCACCGCAUCAACCAUGGUGAUGAAGAGAUUUGUUUGGAUCUACGCGACGGUUCAGUUUAUGUUGGUGGUCUUCUUCGCCCAUCUUUUCUACUCCUAUCUUCAUAUGCAAGUCAUUAUAUCCAUCGUCCUUGCUAUGUUUGCUGGAUUUGGUGUUGCGAUGAGCGGAAAUACGAUCGCCAUCGAGUCGUGGAGGUGGAGGAGGAGGAGGAGGUGGCACGUUGCGUCAGCUGGCAGUCUCACUCCUCUAGAGAUUGUGCCAUCGUUGAGCCGACAACAGGAUCUCCCUGCGGGUGGCCGAACCAUACCUGGCCCGCCGGAUGUUCUGCCGCCGCUUCCGGUACACCGCCGCCCCCAUCCACGCCAGUGCCGCCGCCGCCGCUAUUACCCCUACCGCGAUCUCCGUCUUGUUCCCACUCCCACCCUCUCCUCUCUCACCCGCCUCAACCAUCUCCGCGGUUUCGAUAGCUCCAGUUCGGAUCUCGUCGUUCGCCAAGGCCGACGACGACAGCGGAGCCAGAAGUGGAAGGGGGCUUCCAGGCAAUGGAGCCGGAGAAGGAAGGGAAGAGGCCAAAGGCGAGGGAGAUGGAGCGAGAGAGAUGCGCGCGGGCUCUAAGGGAGCAGGCGCCGACGACGACGAAGCCAGAGAGGACACGGAGUUCCCGGGCAAUGGAGCCGCCGAGAAAGGGGAAGAGGCCAUCGGCAAGGGAGAAGGUGGGAGGGAGAUCUGCGAGGACGAAGGAUCCGCCGUCGAGAGGAGGAAAAGCAGCAGCAGAGGAGGGAGCAAUGCUGUCACCGCCAUGGUAAGCCACCGCGCUCUCUCCCUCACGCGGUGCCAAGGGUGAGAUGAUAAAUAGAGAGGCGAUGGGUGGCCGUUACUGGCUGACGGACGUUAGAAUGAAUGGUUGGGAUGGAUGGAGUCUACGCAACGAACGAUGGAUCGAGACGGGCUGGUUGGUGAGGGAUAGGACGGGGCAACUUCUCAAUGUUAACGGGUCUCGGAUCUUCGAUCAAGCCGACUGCUUUGCGGAAGCGGACUAUUGGAUGAUCUCGGCUCAAGACACCGAAACGGGCGAACGAGGUUAUCAAUGCGGAUCCCGUUACGCCUCCUCUCCUCUUCGUACGGCUUUUUAGACAGCGUGGGAUACGCCUUAUUCUCGGUGAUGGACUUCAAUCAUGCAAAGCAUGCGAUCCUCCGAACCCGCGCUGCUGCCUAUCUUUCAACUCCUCCAAGAAAACCAAAGGAAAGAAUUCCUCCAUGCUCAGAUCCAAAGGCUUUCUCUGGGUGAUAGUAAACGCAUGUUAUAUUGGGACGUGAGCUGCAAGAAGAUAAUAUUAGAUCUACACUCGUGUAUUAUAAUAAUUGUUAGUGAACAAACGUGUCAUGGUUGGUGAGUUAGCAAAUGGGUCAAUGUCGAGAGUCUUCUGUCAGCUGAGCUGG